CAACAGUGCUGCGGUGGCGAAAGUGCCCGUGACUAUUAUGGCUCGUUCUGGUUCAUCACUAACACCGACCGUGGUACACGAUCAUUUGUGCCGCCGUCGUGUUGUCGUCAAGCACAGGCUGGUCGCGCAUGGGCACCAGUACCAAUCGACCCCAUGUGCACCACCUACACCUACGACUCGCAGGCCUUCGCCAGUUCUGUGAAUAAUGUAGGAUGUCACGAGAAGCUGCUUAGAUGGGUGGACGAACAGACGUUCAUCUUUUCUGGAGUUGGUUUCAGUUUCGCUGCUCUCAUGGUGAUCGGAAUGGCAAUCUCAUUAGUGCUAUGCAACAGUGUGAAGUACUACACAUUUAUCCGAGAUGAGUACUGA